CUUGGGUGGAGGGGUCCAGGGUUAGACAGUGAGAGGAAAGAAGGAGUGCCAAAUGUGGCGUCAGCAUGCUCUGAUCACUGUUCUGUGACUGUUUGAGUGGCCCUGUGAAAAGCUCCUCCUACCAGGUCUCACCUCCAUUCUCCUCACUGCUCCCCCAGCGUCCGAUGGCAAAGCAUGACCCUUACGAGCUCCCUCCUCCAUACUACUCUGUUGAGGUACAAACCGUCCCGCCCCUCCAGUCCUAUGAAGAGGCAUUCUAUGGAGCGGGUCCAAGGCACACUCCUCCCAACCAGCUACACUACAUCCCCCAGCACCCCCCACCAGUGGCUGCGCAACACAUCUGCCAGCCCAGUAUAUCUCUUCCUGACAACAAGAAGAAACACAAAUGCUGCCACCGUAGUGCCAAGUGCUUUGGUGGGUCAGCAGGCAUCGUUCUGCUGCUCCUCCUGGCCAUUGCCAUCUGGCUCGGAGUGCGUUACGGUACCAGGUUGGCAACAGCGGCUGCCACCCUCGACCACCAUGACAGUGAGGAUGAGGGGCACCAUGAGAAGCAGUUGAGCAUGCCUGUUCAUGACACCUGCUCCAACUCCACCGUCCAAUGUGACGCUCUGCGGGACUGCCAACUGGGCACGGAUGAGUCCAGCUGUGUGAGGUUUGGGGCGGACGGUGCUCUACAGGUCAGAACGUCUCAGGACGGUCGUUUUCUCCCAGUGUGUUACCAGGGAUGGGACCAGAGCUACGCCAACCGAACCUGUGCCCAACUGGGCUUCAGAAAGUCCUUUGCAACCAAGGCAGUGAAAUCCCAGCAGUCCAUUGGUCUAACCCUGAACAACAGAUCGUCUUUACCCAUCCAGGGCCAGGUCAAUGUCAGCUCGUCCUGCCCUGACCAGAAUACUGUCUCUCUGCAGUGUGUUGAUUGUGGACGUCAACAGUUGUCCUCUCGGAUCAUAGGGGGCAGUGUUGCCAAGCUGGGCCAAUGGCCCUGGCAACUCUCUCUACACUUUGGUGGAUCACACGUCUGUGGAGGGAUCCUGGUGUCCCCUGACUUUGUGGUGACAGCUGCCCACUGCUUCCUCGGGCCGCUCCCUCCGGUUCUUGAUGCCAGUAAGUGGCGUGUGUACGGAGGAGUGGUGACACAAGACAAGCUUCCUUCUCCCUACCUCGUAGAGAAGAUCAUCGUGAAUGAGAACUACAACAAUGUAACCAACGACCAGGACAUCGCCAUACUGAAGCUGGCCUCACCAGUGGACUUCACUAAUGCAGUUCAGCCUGCCUGUUUGCCAGCCUUUGACCAGACAUUCCCCCAUGGAACCAAAUGCUGGACCUCGGGAUUCGGAACAACAGAUGAGGGGGCAGCGAAACCCUCCAAAGACUUGAUGGAGGUGGCCGUUGACAUCAUCGACGUGCGUGUGUGUAACAGCUCCAAAGUAUACUCUGGCAGUGUGUCCAACAACAUGCUGUGUGCCGGAGAUCUCAACGGGGGCAGGGACUCCUGUCAGGGAGACAGUGGUGGUCCUCUGGUGUGCCAAGCCAGUAACAACCUUUGGCAGCUGGUGGGCGUGACCAGCUGGGGCAGCGGCUGUGGGCAGAGUAACAGGCCGGGGGUCUACACCAAGGUGUCUAGCCUACUGCCCUGGAUCUACAGCAAGAUGCAGCUGGAAAGUCCGUGAUGCCACUUCGUUUCCAGUGACCUCGCCGCAUCCUGUCCCCAAAGACCGCUGGCGGCCUUCUUUGUCCUUCCUCUCUGAACAUCGCACCAUGAAGUCCUCUCAGAAUGAUACUAGAUUGACAGAUCAAGAUGGAUAGAUCGAAGGGUCGACAGAUGAAAAGAUUACCACUAGCUAAGGGAGUAGCAGGAAAGGCAUACUGCACUUUAACACAAGACCAUGGUUCAUGUGUUCUUCUGUUCCUUUACUGUGCCUUCUAAAAUCACAGAAUGCAUUGUGUUUACGGUAGUUAUGCCCAAUGGAUACUAUAAUAUGUGAACCUAGGCCAAUCCAUUCUGGGCUCUGAUUCCACUGUUUGAAUGAUUUUAAAUCCUGUCGGUUUUUCUAAUCUUACAGUAAGGAUAUUUAUUAUAUUUACCUGAGAUAGGAGGUUCUAAGAUGGCUGGCCUUUCUCUUUUCUAAGUCUAUGCAACCCUCAUAGCCACUCACGCCUCCCAUCUCUCCUAAGUUUAAUUGUUUUUUUUUAUCUAAUAUUUUGGGGGAGACUGCAUGCUUAUUUCUGUUGCAUCUAUAAGGAAUGUAGAGAUGCAAUGUGCUUUGUGAUUCAUUUCCAGAAAUGAUUUAGUGUUAAUUAUGUGAAACUCAUAGGAAAGAAAGGAGUAUAACUACUGUAAGGGACUGUACAUUGUUUAUAAUGAGGGAUACCUGAAGAAAAUCAGACCUCUCUGAAAUUAAAAUGGAUGGCCCUCCCUUUAGUCAAAUAUAUAUUUACCCGACCCUCCCUGAACGCUUGAAAAUAAACAAGUGACCCACUGCUAUACCCAAAAUAAUAAUGAAUGACUUGAGACAAGCAGAUACUUUUUUAAUACCACAACAGAGCAUGACAACGAAUGAGCGCAUGCUGCAGCACCGGAGACGUUUUGCUUUGUAUACAGGCUAUUGUUAAAAAAAGAGUAUAGUCUAAGUUUGAAACGGUGAUAAAGUUGUCUAUCAACUGUAAAAACGUAGUGCAACAGAACCAGUUACAACUGAAGUAUCUGAUCAGCAAUGAAUUCAAGAAAAAGACAUUUGUCGUUUAACACAGCAGCCGCAUAUCAUCAGGUAUGGCCUAUAAACACUUGUAACAUGGCAUUGUUGUUACAGAAUAGAUUUGUGUUGACUCUGGCAUAGGAAUAUAAAUUCAGCAAAAAAAAGAAA